UGUGACAGUGACAUAAAAUUCUGUCAGUACCGGGCAAAGAAUACAAAAUUCUAAAUUUUUAUAGUAAUCUUUAUUUAUUUAUUUUAGGAAUUAACUAUUAAUUUGCAAAAGGAAAUUACGAUACAUUGAAAUUCUUGCGAGAAAUGCCAAUACCCCACGGUGACGACUGGCAGGCUUCAUAUCGGCCUGAUCUGUGUUACUCCUGUCUAAGGCUCCUGAAAAUGUCCCAAAUUCCAUCAGACAGCCAGUGAGGUCGCAUUGAAUGGAGGGCGAGGGGAUGGUGGCGGUGGUGCGCGGGCUGCGGGACGCGGGGCUGGCCGUCACACUGCUCGACAGCAACGGGCAGUACGCGGUACUGCCUAAUUCUAUGACGGCGCCAGCGCCUACGCAGCGCCACACGAUGAACGCGAAUGCGUCCACGCAGCCGAUGCCGCGCAUAACGUCGGGGUGUAGCACCGACUCCUCGGCGCUGCAGUGCGACAGGGACGCACAGGCUGUCGAUGGGAGAUACACUUCCAUGUACAAGACCAUGCAUUGCAACGUUCGUCCGACGUCACCUCCGGUGCAACUGACCGAGUUCCCUCCGCAGAGGCCAGACGUUUGUCCAGGGCACGGUAACUUCCAAGUGGGUGGCGCCGGCAGUGGAGUGGUCAACCCUCAUGGGAAGCCGACCUCGUCAUCCGCUACCUUCAGAGGAGGUCUCUCGUGGCCGGAUAGAGGGUCUGUCUGCUCUGCCCGACCCUCAAUGGAGGUGGAUGCCUUCGCCAACUCCUUGAGGAAGUACCCCUGCCUCUCGCCAGAGAGGUCUUCCGAAGUCAUGGAGAGACUGAUUAACUAUCAGGGAAAAGGAUGUAAGUAUACAGACUCAAAAACAUCAACCCGAAACCAAGCCUCCCCCACCCGCAUAGACUCCUACCCAUGCUCCUAUCACACUCUAGAAUCCAAAGGCACAUGCACAAGAAGCCCCAGACUCUAUGAACAAGAGAUCACGCCACGCAGAAGAAUGGAGGAGCCGACAAGAGAUAGAAAGAGAGAAGACUAUUACGAUAUGAGAAACAUGAGGAAUUAUGAAGUGCGCUCCGUCAGGGAUAUGACGAGGAAGGGAAGGGAUAAUCCGUACUGCAAUCCCGCUUGCCCAACUAUCAAAGAAACCCAAGACUACCAGCCUAUCCCAGAAUAUCAAAAUAGUUCAAAUUCAGUAAAUAUGGAAAUUCAAGCUGCAGUAAAGAUGAUAUCCAAAGAAGUGGCCACCGUACAACGAGACAAAUUCAUGAGAAAAACCGUAGCCGUCCCCGAGUCCCCCACCAUGUCAGCAACAGAAGACAACGUGGAAGGUGAAUGCUACGUCGUUCGAAAACUGGACACAAGCAUGUCUAUUAAAUCCAUUCAGACUAGUUUCUUCCCAUCCGACAGCACACUAAAACCUAGGAAAUCAGCCCAAACCAUCGCUAGCACCUUAGACUUUCAAUCCCCUCGCCAUAAAACUGUAAUCAGUAGAAAAUCUAAAUCACAGGAACAAAUUAAAAUAACUAAAGAAGAAUUAAAACGUAGUCUCCUUGAACUUAUCGAGGAGGUGUCUAAAACUAGUAAAUGUAAAAAGAUUAUUCGCGAUGAACUUAUAAAGAAACUGUUUGAAUCCAACGGACAUCAGAAAGCGAGUAAAGACGAUAGGCGGUAUAAGAAACGUGAGCAAUGUCACAAAUACGCGUCAACGUUCUGUCCAACAGCUUGUGACUAUGUAGGUGAUUACCAGGAACUGUUAGGCCAACUAAAACAUUGUUACGGUGACACCCAACAAGUAUUAAGAACAGAAGUCACGCCUUUCCGAAUAUCUGAGUACAGACAACUUGACUUCGUACUCAAAGACUGGAUACACAACUUAGACAUUAAAAUUACGGACGAAGAUUACACAGAUAGAAGAGAACUGCUUAAUACUUUAGAAGAAAGAAUUAAAGUCAUCUUCAAAAAUAGGACUAAACAAGACUUCGAUUUAAAAUCGGCAAUAGUGAGUAUUAUAGAGGAAAUACCUAUUGAAGUGAAUAGCAGUUACAACAGAAUUGAUUAUUUGCACAGGCUCGUUGAUGUGUUGAUGAGACGGAUGAAAAAUGUUAUAAUGGGGCAACAGCAUGGUAGGAGUAGGAAGAAACCAUACAAUAGGUACAAGAAAGUACUAACUGAAGCUGAUUUUAGGGAUUUUAUUAGAGAACACUUAUUCGAUUUCUUUAACGAGUACAGUUUAAUGGUAUGUGACCAAGUGCUAGUCAAUUUAGAAAAUGAAUUACUCGAUGUGAUAAUCGAUACGAUUGAUUGCAUUCGAUGCGGUCACAUUGAGGAUGCCAGGAAUGAAAUGAUUGUGAUAUUCCAAGAAUUGGCUAACUUAACAGAGAAACAAGCCAAGUACAUUGCAAGCAUGAUACUUCGAGACUUGCAAGAAAUACUGAAUCACUGUAACUUCAACCAUACCUACAUGAUCCUCAAUAUGAGUAGUUCUGGUCCGUCCAAUAGAAGUGGUCAUAACCAAAGUAUUGAACGUAUUAAUAGUGAUGAUUUGCGCAUGAACUUGGACCGUUAUGCGAGCCAAUUGUGCGAGCAAAUCAACCAAUGGUUGGAUACGUUGAACUUACCACAAUUACAAGACUCGGGUAACAGAGAAGUGGUAGUCAACGACUUAGCAGGAGAUAUUAUAGACAGGUUGAAGUACAGAGAACUGAAUCAUACGAUGAAGAACGGAGAUGAAGAUGAAUUAGAAGCGCUCAAAUAUCAAAUAUUUAAAUGGAUCAACAAGAUUGUCGGAGACGAUAAUCAAGAGACUAUUGGAAAUGCCAGGCAAUUGUUGGAUAAAAUCCGGAGUCUGCCUGUGCCAAUACUAAUCCACCCAAAAAAUAACGCGGGGCGUUUUUCAGUAGUAGAAUGCCCUAAUCCAGAGUGUUAUGGCGAUCCGAUGAGGCCGUGUUUGGGAGAAACUGGGCCUGGUACUUGUAGUGAGGUUAAUAGAAUACUAAGACCACAAAGUGUUUCUGAUCCCCGUCCUUCUUCUCCCCCACGCCCUGGUGAGCCGUGCUGUAAGAGGGAAACUUGUCCUGAAGUAGUCAAAAGUAAAAGGGGGGCAACAGGUCCAAGCCAACCAACCACAUACCAAGAUUCUUAUCGUCGAAGAUCACAAGAACAAUCACCACCUCAGGCAUUUGGUAACGCUUACCAAUCCCCACAAGCCCAAGGCAGUGACAGGGACAAGUAUUCUAUUAGCCCAGAGAGUCAAUACAGUCAAGAUCAGAGUUUUAACCUGGAACCCCACCCACCACCGCCUAGUGCUUAUGAUAAGCCACAGGGUCAGGACGGAGCUCCUGAUAAGUGUUUCACUGUACCAGACGAUCGACAGGCGUUUGGCCUCGAUCAACAGCAACCAAAUACGUUUUCUGGUUCCUACCAAUCACCACAGAACCAAAGUAAUGCCAAAGACUUCCUGUAUUCUUCGGGUCCGCAGGGUCAAGGAAAGCAGUUUCCGUACAAUCAAGAUCCGAGUUUCGGCGCUGGUCAAUCAGGACCAUCUUAUAAAGAAUGGGCUUCAAAUGACAGAUCCUUUGGUCCGAAAUCAAUGCAAGAUGCUGGUGUAGGACCCAGUGGUGUAUCGAGUAGUCCUCAAGGUGCUCAGACCUCUGUUCCUAUCGCGCCGGGCUCAGCAAGACCAACUCCACUCCCAUCCGUCAAGAAAAUAUAUGCAGACUAUGACACUUACCUCAAAAACUGGGUACAAAGAGUACCUAUGGCAAUGAACACAACAUCUGAAAAACAGAAUGCAGAUAAAGCCAGAAUGGACCUUUACAAUGGCGUUUGGAAAACAAUCACUAAAAUGAAACUAGACCCAAAAAUCUUUGGCAACCCACUAUAUUUCAAAGAAGUGUUUAACGACGAAAUUGAAAAAUUGAUGAAAAGUCUACCAAAAUCAAAGCAACUGGAAAUAGAAAAACCUGCAUUAAAAGACGAGCUUCUUAAGAAAACUUUAGAAAUGAACGAUUUGAUUAGGUCUCUUAAUGUAUCAGGUACGUACAAACAACAAGUCAUUGACUGCAUAGAAAAUAAUUCACCGAGGAGACCGCCUCUCAUCAACGAGACAGAUCAGCAAAAUGAAGAAAUAGAGAAACAUAAUGUAGCCGAUUACUACAUACUUCACAGGAGAUACAAGGACGAUGACAACGUUAAAGCUAACUUCCACAAAAAGAAUUUCCUUAAAAGUCUCGAUGACUAUCUAGAGAACAUGAAGAAAAGACAUAGUUUAUUGGGCAUGCAAACGUAUGCAUAUGCUAAUGAAAUUAUAAACUGUUUGGACAAGAUUCCUAUACCAAAUCUUCUUGCCUUAAGAGACGAGGCAGAUGAGAUAUUGCUAGGAAUGGAGGUGGAAAAUUGGAUUGCAGAUCUUCCUCAGGACCCUGACAAUACAGGGCCUUUAGACAAGAAAAGAAUGAAGGACUCAAUAGUUAAAAAAAUUGAAGAAGUAGAAACACAUGUCAACUGCUACGACAACGCUUUCGGUGAUCAGUUGAAGGCGGAGUUACCAAGAUAUAUUGAAAGGAUACCAAUUAAAGCGAAUACUAAUAUCAAUUUUGUAAUCGAUGAAUUAGUGAACAGAAUUCGGAACUUGGAAAAUAUGAAAUCUUUACGACCUAGAUCUGUGUCCUUCCAGGAACCGCGAGAUUAUGAUGAUUUUGCCAGAGAUGUGCCACGAGCAUCCAGUUACCAUGAUACACCUGGCCAGGGUAGCCCUUAUUAUGGUGGUGGCUACAACAAUGCAGAUGAUCCACGAAGUUGGGCCAGCAAUGCACCUGCCGACGAUCAAUGGCAUUCCAUGCAAGCUACCCGAGUGCCACCUGAUCUUCGUGACUGGUCUCAAAGUAAUCCAUCAGACUCGUACGCCUAUUCUCGGAAUCCUCCAAGCCAAAUGGCUGGAACGCCAGGUUAUCCCCGUAGUGACUAUGGAUCGCCUCGUCAUGUACCUCCUGGUACUCCAAGUCAAUAUCCACCUGGCCAAGAAUAUUACAGUCCUAGUGCCCAAAGUGGCAUGCCGCCGCCGCAUCCCCCUAUAUCUCAGAAUGAAUAUCCUCCAAAUGUUCAAGAUCAAUUUGACCCAUAUAAUCCAAAUGAUGUGUGUAUGGGUCCGUGCUGUCUAAAUCCAGCGUGUGUCAACAAACUUCAAGGUUACAUGAGACCAAUGCAGUUUCCACAACCAGGUACUUCACCGUUUAUUUCACCAGGAGGGUACGCACCUGGAAUGUCGAGCCAAAGGCCCUCCUCUUUGGCUCCUCCAGAUGCUGCUGCACCCAGCCCAUUGCCUCAGUCUUACGGUCAAGCAAAUCUCAACCCAUAUAGCUGUGAAUCUAACCAACCGGUAAUACGAUGCCCAGGGCCACUAGCCAGAUAUUAUCCCGAACAAUAUCAACGUCCAGUUACACCGUUUCCAGGGAACCAGGCGUACUCCCCAAUGAUGCCACCAACCUAUCCUCCAGCGGCUUACCAACAACCAGUUGAGUCCGUUUCUCGUCCGGGUGUUCCUCAGCGGCCAACAGAACCAUAUCAAGCCCCUCAGACUAAAAGGUAUACUCCAGGAACAUCCGUAGCUCCCCAGGAGAGACGUCCCUCAGAGUCUUAUGUUUCAAAAGGUCCUGUCACACCAACAUCAAUGGAAAAAGAGUCUGUAAGACCAACAGUAAGCUCUCAGGGUCGCCACUCCUUAGGACCCUACGUCCAAAGUAUUCCAAAUGGUCCCAGUAAUAUAAUGCCCGAUACGAGAAGAACUUCCCAAGUAUCAGCUGUAAGUCCACAGGAUAGACGUUUUUCAGAGCCUAAGCAAAGUUUCCCAUACGGUCAGUAUACACCACCAGCAGAUACAAUGGAUUCGAAAAAGCCCGUUGGUCUUCAGGAUAAAAGCCGUCUUCCAGAAAGUGUAAGCCAAAAAAGUCAAGGAACAUCAGUCACCCCUCAUCAAAGUCGAUAUUCAGAGCCACAAAGGCAAAAUAUCCCAAUUAGUUAUACCACUCGGCCACCUGAAGUUAAAAAGGUAUCCCAAGCAACGUCAAUCAGCCCUCAGGAAAGUCAAAAUAUCUCACCGCCUAAAGUCAAAGGAAUUGACAAAGCAACAGAUACCAGUUCUCUGGAACGUUAUUCUGAGUCAGCAAGUCAGAGUAUCCCUAUUAAUUAUAAUGAUUUACUACCCCAACCAAAAAAAUAUCCCACCGUACCAGGUGCUAGCCCUCAGGAGACGCAAUAUCCUGAGCAACCUGCUUUAAAAACAACUUCUCAAGAACCACAAGAAAAACGACCAGGACUUGACCAGCAAACUUAUGUAACUGAUCAAGCGGCACCCCAGGAUAGGCGCUCCUCAGCACCUAGUCACCAAAGUAUCAAGACUAGUCGAGAUGCAUCGACACAAAUUAGCUCAAGGGAUUCUAAAGUAUCGUCUCAGGUAGAUCCCUCGGAACAAAAAGUUCCUGAGGAGCCAGUCUCUCAACAAGUUGAGGAACAAAAGUCCCCAUCCUUGCUUAGUUCACCUCCAGUAACUAGAAUGCCUUCAGUGGAUCAAGGAUCCCAACUACCAUACAACCAAGGUGACUCAAUACGACUUGUGCAAGAUGUUCAGGCUGAACCGGUUCCACCUAUUUAUGAAGAACCUAAAUCACGCGAACAAACUUUCCCAGACUCUCGAAUGCAAGAUCCUUACAAUAAUUACCAAUAUGUUAGUCCUCAGGAGCCUGAUGUUCCGUUAACGUACCAAGAUCCACAUUUAACUACAAUGGGAGAUACUGAAGUUUCUUACGAACAACCUGUUGUUGUUAUUCCAGAACCACAGGGCUAUUCAAGUCCUACUGGUCAAGUUGUAACCUAUGAACCUGCAUACCCAAUGGACUCCGGUAGUCCACCUCAAUCUGGCGGGUUCGAAAACCCACCUCAAUCUAGUGACAUGAUCCCUUACGUCCGAGUCGUAGAAAGUGAUCAACCUUAUCAACCAACUUGUUAUAACCCAAUUCCCUUCAAUGACCUAGCAAAGCCCCAAAGUGACUUUGUUCCGUAUAGCCAGGCUAUAGAAAUAGAGGCACGGAGUCCAAUUCAAGUAGAACAGUAUCCUCCCAAUAUGGCGUAUGAGUAUAUUCCCGAUCCUAUUUCAAUUGAGAAAACUCGUUUCAGUAGUCCGGCGCCGUUAUCAGCCGGGUGUCAACGGCCGGAGCAAAUUCUAGAAGUCUAUGCACCGGAAUUUGUUGAGCCAGGCCAGAAUAUCGAGCUUGUGGAGGAGCCGCCAUGUUACCACAAGUCCACAGACAGUAAUGGUAUACGGAAGAAUGUGAAGCCACCGGGAAUGAUUUGCGAUUGUGGCAGCGACCAGCAACAAUAUGUCUGCACUGAUCAGUCACAGCAACAGCAGGGUGGUGCUACGCUCUAUGUAUGUGCAAGUGGUCCUGACGGUCAAAUUUGCCACGGUCCCUCAUGCCGUUCCGGUUGUCCUGAGCAGGCAUGCCCAUCUGCUUUACAGCAUCAGACAUGCCAAACUGGUCCUGCUUAUCAUAUCUGCACAGGCACUUCUAUAGAGCAAAUAUGUCGAAACGGUGGUCUGGGCAGACUGCUCACACAACCAAAGAAAGCUUUAAAGAAAAUGCGUGGCACGCGACAUACUGUGGAUGCGGUGCCUUUCAACCGAGUCAUGGAUCUAGAUGAUACGGAUACAAGCAUGGAUAGGUGUAAGUGCAUUACUCGGGCAAAAAAGUGCAGAGCGCGCAAGCAGAGCCAGGAUCCCCAAGGUGGCUAUCACACUUGUACGCCUUCGAUGCGGUACCCACAUCCACCGCGACGCAAUUGAUCCAUUUAUUAGUAAUUUCAUUCUUCAUUCCAUGUUUAGCGUACCUAUCAUUUACAUUUAGACCCUAUUUUGAAGACUGACAUAGCUAAGAUUAGUUGUUUCUCCACCAAAAAAAUUCAAUAAACACAUUUGACUAUCAACAAUUGAGUACCUAAUAUUAUGGUGUAACUAGGUUUUGUACAGUUCUUUGGAUUUUAUUAAUGGAAAUAAAUAAAUUAUACAUCAGCCAA